CCCCAAAGCUGCUAAGUGUCACAUUCAACUCCCCAGAGCAGUCGGCCAUAGCACUUCAACGGUGGUAUGAGAUCAAGGGGAAAUUGGGAGGACACAUCCGAUGCUGCGAAAGCAGACCUCGAACCCUAAGGAGGCAGCAAACGGAGGCCUUAAUACGUCCUCAAGCUUCAGUGACACUAGAGCGAUGCAGUUCUGAGAAUAACAGUCUGUGCCACCCAAGUGUCCUGCCUAAAUCCAAGGGAAAAACCACAACGGGCCGGUUCCAUCGGAACUAGUCCCAACAUUAAGUCCCCUACCAGCAGACAGCUUCACGUCAACUACCCCGCAACACGCUGAGGUUGUAAGACUCACUGUCAGCUGCCUAUAUAGCAAUGUGAGGGGGCUGAGAGGAAAAAUAGGUGAACUCCGAAAUCUCCAAGCACACCUACAACUGAAAAUGAUCAUUCUCACCGAAACAUGGCUAACCCCCACUAUCGCCGAUAAUGAAAUCAGUAUAGGUGAUAUGGUUUUAGUCAGGAGAGACAGGGAUAAUAAGGAAGGAGGGGGAGUUGCCAUAUACUUUGAUAGACAACUUAAAUGUGUGCGCGCAACGGACCCACCACUUAUUGAACUCCCAGACUCCAUAUGGUGUCAUUUCACCGUAGGCCACACCAAGCAUUUACUUGGUGGCAUCUACCGAUCUCCCACAUGUGGGGCAGAGCACAAUCAGCUACUGCUCACCACUAUCACAGGGAUACGAGACUUGGGCUAUGACCAAAUCACCAUUGCUGGAGAUUUCAAUGCCCCAUCACUGAACCUUGGCUCGGGGUAUGCUAAGGGAAAAUUCGGCCGAAAUCUACUGCAAGCUAUUCGGAACACGGGACUGACUGAGAACGUUGGAGACGACACUAGGUGGGGCCCUAGUGGAAAGUCAUCAAAACUAGACUACAUUCUGACUAGUGACCAACUUCUUGUCGAAAAGGUCCAGAUCAUGACUCCUCUAGGAAGUAGUGACCAUGCAGUCAUAGGUUUCGACCUCGUUCUCCGUGAGCAUUUGCAGUGGGACGCUACGCAACCAUGUCUGUGUUACAGCAAGGCUGACUAUGCUGAAAUGCGGAGGCUCUUGUCCGACGCAGACUGGCCCUUAGCAUGGGAUGAGCUGUCUGUGGAUGAACACUGGGAAGCGGUAAAAAAGAUUAUUCAUACAGUAAUCUCGAAUACCGUCCCUUUAGUCACAACACAGUCCAAAAGAAAGUCAUCAUGGUUAAAGAGAGGUACGCAGCGUAUUCUGCAAGCAAAGCGGAAGGCUUGGUUUACGUGGCGCGUAUCUAAAAGCCAGAUCGACCAUGAUGCAUACCUGGAACUCAGGAACCGGUGCAAUGCAAGAGUCAGGAGGGACAGGAGGUCAUUCCAGGCUAACCUUGCUAAAAAACUCCUGGCAAACCCCAAGAAUUUGUACCGAUUCAUGUCGGAAAGGAAACCAACCAACCAGGGGGCAUGCGCCUUAGUAGGCCAAAACGGUCAAUAUCUCACUAGUCUGGAGAUGGCUGAAACAUUUAGUUUAGCCUUCGCCAAACAGCUAAACAGCAAUGUGGGUAUUACCGUUACGGACCAAAAUGGUGGCAUGACUAUUUCACAGGAGGAAGACCAAAUAGCCACCCCCCCAAAUAAACCCUGCAAUAGUACUGAGAAAGCUGCAGCGACUCAUACCUGGGAAGUCCCCAGGUUGUGAUGACAUCAGGCCAUCUGUUCUGAAACAGUGCGCCGAAGCUCUCUGUAGGCCUUUUGCGACUUGUUCCAACACUCCAUGGAAUCAGGGAAACUGCCAAAGGAAUGGAAAAGAAGCAUCCUUUCUCCGAUCUUCAAGGGUGGGGAUAGGCAAAAUCCCACAAGUUAUAGACCAGUAGCUCUACUCCCAGUGGUAUCGAAAGUACUGGAAAGUAUUAUUGAUGAUCACAUCAGGGAAUAUCUGGAUAGGUCUAAAAUACUCCAUGAAGCCCAACACGGUUUCAGGAAAGGGCGAUCCUGCGUCACCAACUUAUUAUCAGCUUGGGAGGACUGGACAUUAUGCUGGGAUAUGAAUGUUCCAGUCCAUGUGAUCUUUCUAGACUUUGAGAAGGCAUUUGACACUGUUCACCAUGACCUUCUCCUACACAAAAUAAGCCAAGUAGGGUUAGGUAAACCACUUCUGUCAUGGUUGAAGGACUACCUAACUGAAAGGCAAUUUUGCACCAAGGUCAAUCGAGUUCGAUCAUCAUGGCACAGCUCGUCAUCAGGAGUGUCGCAGGGUUCUAUCCUGGGACCACUGAUGUUCUUGAUUUUUAUCAAUGAUUUACCAUGCCGUCUAAGCUGCCCGACUCUUCUAUACGCUGAUGACGUGAAGAUAUGGAGGGCGAUAAAGUGUCCGGAGGACUCAGAUAGACUGCAGGCAGAUCUAAGGCUUCUGGAAGACUGGGCGGUAGCCAGUGGCAUGACUUUCAACCUGAAAAAGUGCAAAGUAGUGAAGUUGCGCACCUGUAGACUGCAGAAUGCAAGUUACACCCUGUGCAAUGAAAGCUUGUCCUGCUCAACGUCGGAACGUGACUUAGGUCUAGUUCUAACGGAGAAAAUGGACACAAGCGUAAAUUACACGGGGGAUGUAGCGAGGGAAUAUGCGGUCAUACACUUUACACAUAGACAAUUAGGUGCACUCACUCCUGAGCUCUUUCUAAGGUUGUAUAAAACAUACGUCAGACCGCAUCUUGAAGUGCAUAAUA